AUGGGCCACCAGGCUGGCCAUCCGAGCCCUGGUACCCCAGCCAGCCAGCGGUGCUGUGGCCAGGCCAGGCCAGGCGCCCUGAAGUCACGGCCACUCUUUGUCUCUCGCUCUCCGACACCGUGGAUGUCAGCGGCCAUCGUGCGGCCCAGCACGGGGCCAAGUCAGCAGCUGAGGCGGGAGCGGGCGGCUGAGGCUGCUGGCUGGGGCCUCUGGGUCCGCUCCCCGGCUCCCCGGCUGUGGGCCCGGGUGCCGGAGCCAGGGAAGCCGGGUCAGGGCGGUGAGGAGCCGCUGGCACGGCCCGGCUCCCGCAUUCUCGCCUUCCUAACGGCCCGGCCUUGCUGGGGAAACGGGAGGGGCCGGGCAGCCAGCAGCCGGGAGCGGGGACGAAGACAUCCCGGCAGCCAGAGAAACACUCCGAAGCAGCAGCAGAGGGGGGAGAAGUACAUUACAGAGCCCAGCAUCUGUGGCAAGCAGCUGCCAAGCAACCUCCAUGUGCUCCUGCAGCUGUCGGCGUGA